GACCAGCUAGUUCUGCUUACCCGCAGUUUCCUGUGCGUUAGUUCUUUGAAAGAAUGGAUUUUUUUAUUGCCAAAAACCACAAUACUCCUGAGCCGGCCCCAGCCGACAAGUACGCUUGGUCAAUCAAAACGGAUUCCACCAAGCAGGGAGUGAAUGGUCGCGUUAAAAAACGGAAUUUACCCACGAUAAUGGUGACACCACCGACACCACCCCCCGAACCGAUCUUUUCGGGUUUCAACUAUUUACCGAUGGAAUUGCUGUUGAAGGUUAUGAAACAAGUAUCGGUUGAUGAUCGGCUUGCAUGCGGACAGACGUGCCAUCGGUGGAUGGAAGCAGCCCACUACUACCUGCCAUUCAAUCAGCGCAUCGUGUAUAAGUUUACGAACGUGAACUUUAGUGAUUACGAACCCCCGAUCAAACAUUUCUUGGACGCGUUCCGCAUCUUCCCACGGAUCGCUAUCAAAUCGUGCACUUUCUAUGGUAACAGCCAGUUCUGGCCACAGUUUGGAGAGUUUGUAGUUGAGCUGUCGAUAAAGAAUUGUCUGAUCAAGGAUACGGAGCUGCUGUACAUCUUGGAGAACGUGCCAAAUCUGCGCCAUCUCAAAAUAGAGCAGUGUGACGAGCUAUUCCGUUCGUGGUACUUCACAAAGCGCAUCAGCUGCUGCGAGUCUCACUUUGUGCUGCCGGACCUGAUCGAGGUGUCGCUGGCGAACAAUGACUUCUUAGACGAGCUGCACUUCAACAAGCUGAUGACAUUGGCUCCGAAUAUUGCGCAUUUGGACAUCUCCAACUGCUUCAAAAUGAUAGCGGCCCACCGGAGAGUGGCGAUGGUCGAACACAUCAUGCGCUUCAUCAACAUGCAUCAGUUCCAGCUGCAAACGCUUCGCUUCAGCGGCACGCUAGCGAUCGACGAUAUUUGCCUUAGCACACUCUCCAUGAUCGAUGGUCUUAGUCUGGAGACGUUCAGUAUGACGUUUUGCGAUAAAAUUCCACCAGCAAUCAUCGAUCUGUUACGCCGUCAGCCCGACCUGAACAUAACGCAGGAUCUGGAGUGGAAGGUUGGCCGCCACCCGAUAAAGGCCCCCGGUUUCAUUAGCUUUCUCGUGCGCCAAACUAAUCUAGUACAUCUGGAUCUUACCUCGUCGCUCGGUGUAACGGAUGAGGUAAUGGAGCUGAUCACAACCUGUCUGCCGAAGCUGAAAACGCUCAAACUGCGUCGCUGCAUCCUCGUCACAGAUGAAGGUAUAAUGAACAUCGUGAAUCUAGAACAUCUGGAGGUACUGGAUUUGUCCAACUGCUAUCGCAUCUCCGAUCAUGCCAUGUACCGUGGAGUGAUUGGGCGUAAGGUGAAAAACUUCAAGGAACUGUACCUAGGAGAACUGCCCACACUGAGUGACUACUCGCUGAUCCAGGUGACACUCAACUUUGAGAUGAUUCAAAUACUGGACCUCAGCAACAGCCCCAACGCAGCGACGGAUGCAACGAUGCAGUACGUGAACUACUACCUCGUGUCGCUUAAGCAGCUGCAUCUCUACUGUUGCACCAAGCUCACCGACUCCGGUAUCACGGGAAUCGAUUUGCCCGUGAAACCGAUGAUCACAUGGGACAAAGAGGAAACAUUUCCGUUGGAUCGACUGUUCAAACUGCGAGUGCUGAAUGUGAUCGGAUGCUAUCGUAUCACAGAUCUCUCAUUACAGCAUGCUUUCAAGCUGGCCGAGCUGAAGGAGCUUCAUCUAGCACGCUGUUAUCAGAUCUCUGAGGAUGGAAUACGAGUGCUGGCACGCACCGCCACUGCUCUCGAGUUUUUGGAUCUCAGCGAAUGCCCGAACAUCAACGAUAACUGCAUAGAGUUGCUGACUAGCAAUCUCAAGCGACUCCGAACGCUCAAAGUGAACAAGUGCCCACUGCUGACGAGUACCUGUCUUGAAAUUAUUGGACGUAACUGCAGCUAUCUGAAGUUUUUCCACGUGAGCGGCUGUCUGCGAGUGAAGAAACCAAAGCAACGGUUGGCCCAUCUACGCUCCCUGAAGGCGGUCUAUGUGGAGUGGUAGUGCGCGUCGUAGCUGAUGAUGAUGCUGGGUUCGGUCCGGUGAUCUAAUCGCGUUAGAGGUGAUCCCCCUGCAAGAGAAACAAUAAACAUCUUAUCUAUUUAAA